CGACCGUGGUCGUUCGGCUGCAGAUUUUUUGCAUCCACGAAGCAGUUUUUUGUGGGCCGUGCAAGAUUACUCUGAUAAACCUUAUCAGAAGAACCUUAUCAGCAGGCAGGAAAACAUCCGCGGUUUUCUCAACAACGCAUUUCGCCAAACAAAAGACGCUGAACAGUGCGGAUGCGCGGGCCAUAUGGUAGUCCCAACCAGAAGUGUAGAAUUUAAAUAGUGAAGUCGUUUUUAUCCUCGUUCGUUCGUACCUGCGAAGAAGAUUGUGCGUUUCGCAUGAUUCAUUUUAGCCAUUUUCUUACCUGAAGCCAAAAAGCAGUUCAAAAUGGUAGCCGGCCCGGCGAUCCUCGGCGGGAGAGCCCGGUCAUUGACUCUGCGCGUGCUGCUGCUAGCUGCGGGAGUCCAAUUACUUUUUGCGACCCCCACUCUGCAGCAGGAGCAGCCAGAGGGGACACUUAUUUUUGCACAUGUGCUCUUCCGCCACGGUGAUCGCACGCCGAUAGAUCCGUACAAGAAUGAUCCUUGGAAGGACGCUAGCCACUGGUCGGCCGGCUGGGGCCAACUGACGAAUGCCGGAAAACUGCAUCACCUGCAGCUUGGCAAAUGGCUGCGCGCCCGGUACAACAGCUUGCUGCGACCAACGUACAGCAACGAUGAACUCUAUGUUCGUUCCACCGACGUAGAUCGGACGCUGAUGAGUGCGGAAGCAAACCUGGCCGGGCUAUAUCCUCCGCAAGGAUCAGACGUGUGGGAUUCCGGACUGAGCUGGCAACCCAUUCCGGUUCAUACGGUUCCGGAAGAGUUGGAUGCCGUGCUGGCAGCGAAAAAGCGUUGUCCAGCGUUCGACCACGCGCUGAAGGUGUACCGCCAAUCGGAACCAUACCACUCGUACAACAAUUCCCUUGCACCGCUGUACCGCUAUCUGACGGAGCACACUGGACAAACGGUCAAUUCCAUGUCUGCCGUACAGAACCUGUACAGCUGUCUGUUGAUCGAGGAGCUGAACAACUUCACGCUCCCCGACUGGACCAAGGAGGUGUAUCCGGAGCCACUGAGCAGUAUUUCUGCCAUGACGUUUGCCGUGAAGACGAACACAUCGCAGCUGGCCCGGCUCAAGAUGGGACCGCUGGUGAAAGAGAUUCUGAACCGAUUCCGCUCGAAGGCGGCCGGCAAACUAAAACCAGAUCGAUCGCUGUGGAUAUACAGUGCGCACGAUGUGACGGUGGCUAGUUUGUUGAAUGCGCUGCGAGUAUUUGAGCUGCACAAUCCCCCGUUCGCGGCCUGCAUUAUGCUCGAGUUACGCCGACCGGUUAACGGUGGCGAUCCGUACGUGCAGGUAUUCUAUAAAAACACGACCGACGACAAACCGCUCCUGCUGCCUAUUCCGGAAUGUGGCGAACAGUGUCCGUUGGAUGAGAUGUUUAAGAUCUACGAUGAUAUUCUGCCGAAGAAUUGGGACAGCGAAUGUGAACUGUCGCUGCUUUCCCUGUCGUACGUCGAGGCAGAUCUGCACUCUACCACUGGGAUGCUGGGAAUCAUUCUCCUAACCGCGAGCACGGUCUUGGUCCUGCUGACCGUGAUAGUCGUUGUGAGGCGUCGGAACAGUAUGCACAGCGAACGGUGGUAUCUGCGAAUCGAUGGGUAAAGGAUUGACUGAUUCUAUCAUAGAAUGCGUGUCGCUCGCAGUAUAUUUUUAACGAGGCUGACUGAUUGUUUUAGUUCAUUUCGACUAGAUAGUUACGCGCUAAAGCACUGGCAACGGAAAGGAUGAUAGGGCAUAGGUAACUGUAACAUAUAGACAAAACCAUGGUUGGACUAGACAGAAACAAACCAAUGAAUGUUCUGUUAAUAUCGAAAGAAUGAGUAUUUUAUUUCAA